AUGUCGGACUCAAAAAAUCAUAAAUCAAAAUCACGAAUUUCAAAAGCAAUUGAAUCAGUUUUUUCUUACAAAGGAUUAAAUAAUCUUACUCUCCCCCCCCCUCGAAGUUCGACCAAGAUUUUUUUGGUCGAACUUCGAGGGGGGUUAAGAAAAAUUUUUUUAAAAACAAUUAUAUAGAAUUUUUUUUAUAUAAUUUAGUAGUUAAAAAAAAAAAUUUAUCAUAUUCUUCUGUAUGGUUGAGAGGGUGUAGGGUUAGAAAAAAUAGUGCAAGAUGGUUUUGUAACGCUUUUUUAGAGCUUGAAUACAAAAAUCGCAAGCUCACCCCCACAUAGUUUAAAAAUUUUUGAAAAAUUGCUUAUUUUCCUAGUAAAUUUAUAUAGGUCUUGGUCGAACUUUAAGGGGGGUUUAAUUUUCCAAAAAAAUAGGAAUUUCCCCUAUAUCUUGGUCGAACUUCGAGGGGGGGAGUUAAUGGUGCAUAUGUUGAGUCAAAAAUUGAAGAAAUCCAAAAAACAAAAAAAUUUAUUAGAAAAGAGUUUUUAGCAAGCUCAUUAAAUAACUUAUUUGUUCCAGAGAAAGGGAAAAAAUCUAUAAAAGCAGAGCAUUUUGCUCCCAUCACUUCUUUUGCAGUUCUGACACCAAAAUUGCGUGGCUACCAUUUAUUUUCAUCAAGAACUUUACCGUCUCAAUUUUUAAGAACCCCAGAAAAAGUUAUAAACAACUUAACCAAAAAAAUCUAUGACGACCAAAAAGAUAUUCCUUUUCCACUAACUUUAUCAAUAAAAAAGAAGCCUAAAAGUAAAAAACGCCUGAAAAAUCCUUUUCCUGUAACUAGAACUGAAGACACUUCUCCAAUAAUAGCAAUUGAAAAUUUUCAAGCUGGUCAAAGGGCUCGUACAGCAGAGCCUACAAACAGACAAAAAUUAAGCUAUGGAGGAUCAAUGAGCCCUGAAAUCAAUAAUUUUGGAUCUACAUUUCAUUCAACAGUUAAACCAAAAACCAGCUCUGGCACAAGGUCUUCUGAAGAAAUUUUUAUGAAUAUUUCAGCCUCUUGUAAUGAUUUAUUGCAAUUAAACAAGAAAAGUAAAAAAGCAAUAGCAAGAAAAACGAAAAAUUUGAGACGAGGAAUGAAUAGGUGUAAAAACUAUACAACAUUAAUUGAUCAAAGCAAUAAAAGAGCUAGUUAUUUUAUUUUGCAUCAGAAGUACGCUAGCUGUGAUAGACCACUUUAA